AAGCCAUAUGGUUGGAUCAUAUGGAAGGUGUCAUUCAAUGGGUGUGUUUAGAAACUCGAUAAUUCACCGGCCAGGUGGCUGGAGCUCCUCCGUCUACCGUCGGUUCCGCCCAUUCCCUGCUUCUUAUCCCCUCCAUCUCCGGUCCCCAGCUCGAUCUGUGACCGCCGGCUCCGACGAUGGCCACCGGCCUCCUUCUAUCCCUCUCCUCCGUGCCCCUCGCCUCUUCGAUCGCCCGACCGAGGCUCCAAUGCCUCUCGCCCGCCCUCGCCCCCGUCUCCCGCGCAGCACCAAUCACCGCCCCCGCCGUUCCCCUCAGGCUGAUCUGCCGUGCUCUUCCCGUUGCGGGCGGGCCGUCGAUGAGGAUUAAGCAGGAGAGCAAAAGGCGUACUGGAGUGGUAUGCUAUGCUGCGCCGCUCAGCCCGCAUACUCUUCAGUGGGUUUCUGCUGCCUCCAUCGCGGUAUUAAUGUUUGCCAAAGGCACAUCGAUCCACAAAUCAUUCCUUCUCCCCCUUUUUGCUUUGCAAGCUCCUUCCAGUGUCAUUUCAUGGAUCAAGGGUGACUAUGGCAUUUGGACUAUAUUUUUGGCACUUCUAGUCCGUAUUUUCUACUACCUUCCAGGUCAACUUGAGUUGCCUUUCUUAGCAAUGAUGCUUGUCAUUGUAGCUCCUUUUCAGACCCUGAACCUAAGAAGUACUCAAUCUGGUGCGGUCGUGUCUUUGGCGAUAGCCUCCUAUCUGGCAUUUCAGCACUUCUCCAGAGUAGGAAGUAUGAGAAAUGCUUUCGACCAAGGCUCCAUAAUAGCAACUUUAGCCAUCAUCUUUCUCACCGUCAUCUCCUGCUUGUUACUCCUCUGAUCCUGCUCCGACAAGAAGCUGUCAAAUGUAAUAAUCUUCGAGCCUGCAUUUAUCUCUUCUCGACUCAUCUUCCAGCUUCGCCAUCGUCAUCUUGCAUAGUUUCCAUCAAAAUCUUCAUUUGCAUAUCAUGUCAUGGCAAACUAUUUAAUGUGAUUUGUAGGGAUAAUAAAUGAGAUUCCAAAGGCCCAAUCCAAGGAAUGCAUGCAAGCACUGUGUGUGUGUUUUUUUUUAAUAAUAUCAGAUAUCUAACAUAAGUUGACUAA